GUUGCCUGGGGAGGUGCAGCCAGCGCGCGGGUCUCCAUGGAGCGGAGGCUGGCGCAGUUCCGAGCCGCGCGCCGCGCCCCCCAGCCCACGGCAGCCCCGGCGCCAGAGCAGCGCGCGGGGCCGGAAGCAGGCCUCGGCCCGCGGGACCGCCCCGCCCAGGAGGAGACGCGCAGGCCGGGACCCCCGCAGGACGUGGCUGCCGGUGCCCCCGCCCCGUGGGGCGCCCGGGCUCUCCUGAGCCACGUGGCCUGGCUGAAGUUCCUGCUCUGGCUGGUGCUGCUGGGGCUCGCCGCGGAGCUGCAGUUCGGGCUGCCCUGCUUCGUCCUGUCGCUCUUCUACUGGCUCCACGCCGGCAUGCGCGGCCCCGGCGAGAGGCGGCCGGGGGAGCGCAGCGCCUACUCCGUCUUCAACCCGGGCUGCCAGGCCAUCCAGGGCACGCUCACCGCGGAGCAGCUGGAGCGCGAGUUACACUACGGGCCCGCCGCCGGGCGGUAGCGGCUGCGCCCGGGCCCUGGGGGCGCAGCCUGACUGGCAGGAGCUGGGUGCGCGCCUCCCUCCGGGAGCUGGUGCCUCCUUACGCUGCGCUGCCCCUGCUCGCUGGCAGGCCUCAGGCGCACCCCUCAGGUGUGAACUAAAUCCGCGUCGCGCUGCCAAACCAACUGUCCUUCGUGGGCGGAGCCUCUCCUCGCUAAGGGAGUGAAUUCGAGGUGGCUCCAAUAAGAACGUAGCCAGCUCCGUUCCAGGUGAAAUGCCUUAAUUGACGGCUGGUGGCUUGAAGUUAUGGCCACAAAGUGGUGCCAAUUGUAAUGGACUGAGCUGGCCUUGUACACAACUUCUGGACGCUAAGGCUUCUGGUACCUCAGAGGGCAGGGCAGUCUGAACCUCCUUGCCUUUAUUUUCUUAUGCUGCUGGCCCACCAAUGACAACAAUUAACCUGCUAAGAUUGGUAUCUUAAUAUUAAGCAGCCGAAUGAAGAAUCCAUGCCUAGCCUGGCUUUCAGAGUCAGGACCCCAGCUACUCUGGGACCAAAUUUCACAGCAGUGUUAACUUAAUUCUACUGCCCCUGAAAGACCCUUCAUUCUUGUUUCUUAUCCUCUCCCCCAUACAUAUAAAUGUGUCAUAGCUGAAAAUAUUGAAGGAUUUAAAAUGUGUUGUAUUUACUAUUUCCAACCGUUUUUUAUGAAAGUUUGUUUUUAUUCUGCUGUGCAGUGGGAGAGGAUGGGAUUAAGGGGGGGGGGCUGAGCCCACUGUCCUGGCCUCAACUGGUCCCCCACCUAAAGGUAAGUGGGAGCUGACUGACCCACUGCCUUCCUCUAUGGGACAGUGCAGGGAACAUGGACUAUAAUCCAGUUACUUCUCUGUUGUGGGGAAAGCUGAAGAUCAAAAGGCAGCUGCAGGCAUGUCCUAUGGGCGCUUGACUGCAGCAGCAUAGCAAAUUCCACAGCAAAAAUGCUGAGUGGUAUAUAGUGGGAAAAAUUCCAAAUUACAGGACAGCAGAGUCGCCAGGGCCCUGAUUGUAAUGAAUGGGGUAGUUUACACCUCUGAGCUAUUGUCAGACUUUCUGUACCUCUACAUUCAGUUCAUGUUUUCAAGGCUCUUUCUGCCAGAAACCAAAUGUUUUUUAAAUGAAAGUUGAAAUUUGGGACACAGUUGCGCAGCAAGGGGUAAAUUUAGCUGCUGGGGAAUCUCAAACAGUGUCAAUAACAAUUAACAGAUUUUAUUUAGCUCUAGCUAGGCUUUUAAUAGUAUGAUUAAUAACUGUUUCUUCUUCCCUUAUCACUGUAAUUGCACUUCGGCAGGCUGCUAGUGCUGCCAUUUAUUAAGGGAUGAUGAUAAAUGAGGCACAGAACUGGGGAUGGUGCGGGAAAGUCAGCUGACUUGGUACCCAUAAUUUGCUAUAAUAUUCUUAAUUAUGUAGAUUAAGGAAUAAACUCUUCAACAGAGGCGGUAUUGAGCCCAGCACCCCACACAUUGUGUGAAUGCCCAUGCAAAGGCACCUAGCUUCCUUUGUAAUGCUGCAUGGAGGAUGGGUUAUACUCAGCACUCAGCCAAGUUUACAGCCUGUAGCAUAAGGUUUGAUUUUUUUCCCAUUUUACUUAAUCCUUAUGGGAAUGUGAUUUAUUAUAAUAAAAUUUUCCUGCUUUAGAAUCCAGUCCAAGAGUUACUUCUGGUUUCAAAGUAAAAUUUAGGCUUCAGGAGAUGAAAAAUAACCAUUAGAGCUUCAAGCUCUGCCAAGAUUGCUUAUGUAAUGAGCAGUGAUAUCUUUAUAGUUAUUGAGCUGUUCACAACUGUAGGUGGGUGAGAUCUAACACAGGAAAAAAAUACAAUAAUGCUGUUUUGUCCUGGUUAUUAAAUAUGCAUAAUCUCCCAUUCCAAGAAAUCAUUUUGUUUUCUGGCUGGACAGAGACAACGUCUAUCAUCAUUGGGCAUUCAGCUUGAAUUGUUGGAGGUCCUUGCCUCUGGCAGAUGCUGUACUUUACCAUCCCUUAAACAGGGAGAGGUUUCUCUAGUACAAGUCUCCAUGGAGGAGUUUACUCUGAUAAUCUGUGCCAUGGCUUUUCAAUACUGACUAAUAUUAGUAUGUUUGCCUCGAAUGUAUUGUAUCAUAAUGGGACCAUACCCAUAAAAAAGAAAAUCAAAUGUUUUAAAUAUGAUUGUAAUUUAUUCCCUUUGUGUAACAAAGAUAUAUAGUAUAAAUGACUGUUUGCAGUCCAAGUUACCAGCAGGAGGUGGAAAGGGAAUAGAGAGAAGUGCUUCAAGGAUUCUUGUUUGUGGAAGAUAGUGAGAUGCUCUCACUGCGUGGAAGGACACCAGUCACAUUUGAGGCUCUUCAUGCAGCUCUCUAGCUAGUGAUUAGACUUCUAGCUUUGGAUUGUUUGCUUUGAUAAUUAGACUGAUUAGAUUAGAAAUUUUAGUAAUUCUUUCUAAGAUACUGGGGUAUCAAACAUAUACCAGUAAAAUAUCUUUUCUGAUUUUCACACUUUUGUUCAAAACACUAAUUUAGAUGUCCAAUCUGAUUCCAGUGGGGGUCCUAUUGGUCACCAUGUAUUCUAACAGAGUAGUAGCUGUCGCUACAGAGAGAUCAGGAAAGUUACUAACACUGCAGAAGAUGAUGUUUUUAGGCAAACCGCUUGAGGACAUAGACUUUCAAUAAAUGAUUUAAUAUCCACUA